AUGCCUGCUGAAAACGACGGGAACUUCAGGGCUCUUUUGCGUUUAGCAAUAGAUAGUGGCGACGAAAAUUUAAAAAAACAUGUUCAAACUGCAGCACUAAUACAAAAAAAAAUUAUUAACCGUAUUAAUAAAUCUCAAUGCUUUGCAAUAAUUGCUGAUGAAACCACGGAUGUUAGUGGCAUUGAGCAAUUUUCAAUUUGUAUACGGUAUGUUGAUCGUUUUGAGAAUGAGGAAAAACUGAGAGAGGACUUUUUAUGUUUUGUUCCUGUUGAGGAUACAACUGGCAGCGGUCUUGCGAAUGUGCUAAUUGAUAAAUUAAAAGAACUUAAACUUAGUUUUGCACACAUAAGGGGUCAAGGUUAUGACGGAGCGCGGUCGAUGAGUGGACAUGUCAAAGGUUGUGCUAGUGUCAUCCAAAAUUUAUAUCCAGCGGCUCUUUAUGUGCACUGUGCUAAUCACAGCUUAAAUUUUGCCAUCGCAACGACUUGCAAAAUACCUGCUAUAAGAAAUUGUAUUGGUUCCAUGAAAGAGACCGUAAAUCUUUUUCGGAUGUCAACUAAAGCAGGCACACUGCUCAAAAAUCUUAUUCUUGAAUCCUUUCCAAACUCAAAGCAAGUGCGAAACACGUUGGGUGGAGCAUUAAGAAUCUCUUUCUUUAUUUAACGAUUUAUUCCCAUUGAUCUGUACUGCGUUGGAAGAGCUUGAUACUGAAAAUAUAAGAAG